ACAAGCAGGCAGUCUGUCAAUGCGCUCCGAGCGUUAGGCAAGUCAAACGAGUGGGAAUUUGAACUAGUGAGACGGGGGAGAUAGGCUAUCGAAUGGAAAACAUUGACGGAGAAGGGAAGCUAUCUAUAUUCCAAAUGACUCGCCACGCCAGACCGGCUAGUCUAUAACAUAAGGAUAUAGCCUAUGUUAAACGUCUAUUUAUUAUUCCAAGUGUUAUUUUCUUCAUAUUCCUCUGGUUAGUUGAAAGUUGAAUAGGCUGGAGAUGUUCUAGUCUUCAGUUAUCUUUCUAGUCAAGUGUUUUUAUUUGUUCUGUGAUAAGUUGGUUCUUGGAUGUCAACAUUAACCGAGGUUUAUUCGCCAGUCGCAUUUACAAAUCAUUUGGGAUAGGAUCUCGGAUUUACUAAUUGGAAGAGAAGAGAAAGAACAAGGAGUGAGCGGGGACCAGACCGCGCAAUGACAAAUCCACAGAGCAGCAAGCAUCAACGCGUCCUUAUGGGGAUGGAGCUUCUGUUCUAAACGGGAGAAAAUCCUCUUCCAUUUUUAAACACAACAUUAGCGCUUCUAUCUCGAUUUUAAAAAAGCAAAGUACCCUUUCUAUAUUGCUGGAAAAUCCGUUUAAAAAAAGAAGGAAUGGGAGAGAAGCCCAACAGAAUCGGCGCAGACAACAAGGGAACAUUGUUUGGGAAAAACAAUUAUAGCUAAGACCAACACGCAACAUAAAUACCACUAGAAUUCUUUUAACGGGAUUUCUUUUUGAGUAAGAAGGGAAGUUGUGCACGGGCCAGUGGACAUCGCAUUGAGGAGAAAAAAUAGGGACUAAUGACAAAAUAAUCAGAAAGUCAUGGGAUUUGCAUAGUAUUUCUCCUGGACACGCACAGACAAUAUUCUCGAUUUACGCAGGACGCAGCCUAUAUUGUCGUCCAGCUGUCACGGAUAGAGCAACUUUUAUCUGUCAUAGUUCAGUGUCAAUUACGCAUUUUCUCUUCUAUUUUCAGUUUAUAUCCAGGCGGUUGCCCAAGGCACGAUAUCUCAUAUUCACGCAUUGAGUGACUCACCUAUAGCCUUCACGGCUAUAGUCUUUGUUUUGAAAGUCCCCCAUCUCCAUCCUCAUAGAAAAUAUCACAUGUAUUUUGAAAUGGGGGUAAAUAAUCGGGUUAGUGUGGUUGCAAUGGCGCAUCUGAGAAGUGGGAGUAGACUGGGUUUUCUGCUGAUAAUCUUAAUGGAUUUACUGGGGACGGCGGCGAGCAACAUGGAGCCUAUCUACUGGAAUUCAUUGAACAAAAGGUUUUUGGACGAUAAGGGCUACGUCCUCUACCCUCAGAUCGGGGACCGCCUGGACCUCAUCUGUCCGUCGUCUGACCCGCCCAGCCAGCGGGCCCCCGCCGAGUAUGAGUUCUACAAGCUAUAUCUGGUGUCGUCACGUGACCAAGCGGACAGGUGUGAGGUGACGGGCGCGCCCAACCUUCUGCUCACCUGUGACAAGCCCAACAAUGACAUGAGGUUCACCAUCAAGUUCCAGGAGUACUCUCCUAACCUGUGGGGACACGAGUUCAAGACCAACGCUGACUACUACAUCAUCGCCACGUCAGAUGGGACGCGCCAGGGUCUGGAGAGUAUGAGGGGAGGAGUGUGUGCCACGCAGGGCAUGAAAGUGGUCCUUAAAGUGGGACAGAACCCCUAUGGACUGCCCCCGAAACCUGCCAAACCAGACCAAAGCGCGGGCCGCACCAACACCAGAAAUACAGGUGGUGCUGGUAACACCACUCAUCCCAGGAUUCCUAGCGGUGACGGCGGUGGUUCGGGAGGCACGGGUGGUGAGAACGGACCCCUUCCCCCCUCCAACGUGGCUGUCAUCGCCGGCGCCGCAGGAGGCUCCGCCUUUCUCCUCCUGGUCACCGCGGUGAUCUGCGUGGUGUGUUACCGGCGGCGACACGCCAAGCACUCGGAGUCCCACCACCCACCCCUGUCGCUGUCCUCCCUCACCAGCCCCAAGAGGCACGGCGGUGGGCAUGGGGGCGGCCACGGGAGCGGGAAUAACAACGGCUCGGAACCCAGUGACAUCAUCAUCCCCCUGCGGACUUCGGACUCGGCGUACUGCCCUCACUACGAGAAGGUGAGCGGGGACUACGGCCACCCCGUCUACAUCGUCCAGGAGAUGCCCCCCCAGAGCCCAGCCAACAUCUACUACAAAGUAUGAAGGUCGUCACCAUGACAACCUACAGUACCACCAACUACCACCCUUCCCUGUUCUAUACAGUACAGUACCACUUACAACCUACCUACAAUAUACCCUGUUCUAUACAGUACAGUACCACCUACAACCUACCUACAACAUACCCUGUUCUAUACAGUACAGUACCACCAACAACCUACCUACAAUAUACCCUGUUCUAUACAGUACAGUACCACCUACAACCUACCUACAAUAUACCCUGUUCUAUACAGUACAGUACCACCUACAACCUACCUACAACAUACCCUGUUCUAUACAGUACAGUACCACCAACAUCCUACCUACAAUAUACCCUGUUCUAUACAGUACAGUACCACCUACAACCUACCUACAAUAUACCCUGUUCUAUACAGUACAGUACCACCUACAACCUACCUACAGUAUACCCUGUUCUAUACAGUACAGUACCACCUACAACCUACCUACAAUAUACCCUGUUCUAUACAGUACAGUACCACCUACAACCGACCUACAAUAUACCCUGUUCUAUACAGUACAGUACCACCUACAACCGACCUACAAUAUACCCUGUUCUAUACAGUACUGUACCACCUACAACCUACCUACAAUAUACCCUGUUCUAUACAGUACAGUACUACCUACAACCUACCUACAAUAUACCCUGUUCUAUACAGUACAGUACCACCUACAACCUACCUACAAUAUACCCUGUUCUAUACAGUACUGUACCGCCUACAACCUACCUACAACAGUCCCUCAAUGACUUACUCCAAAAGCAGAUGUUUAGGGCACUAUACAGCAUAUGAACUGCCCUACCCAACCCCAGCCACAGCCACAGCCACAGCCACAAGUGUGUGUGUCUAGCUUACUGAAGAGGCCAUCCUUCACGCCCACCACUCUUCACUCAACUGUGUCACUAAGCCAAGUGAAGGUUUAGUAUAUAACCCCCUACUGCCCCCCUCCCGGGCCCUUUAAAGAGGACAGCAAUGACAAGUACUCUGGGCUACGACCCCUUUCUUUCUCACAGCGAAUCGAAACCCCCCCAUCCAGAGCUGAAGAGAAGAGUCCCUCCCUAUACACCAUGAGGACAAGUGUGAGAGAACACACACCAAGCUAGUGUGAGAGAACACACACUAGUAACGCCACAGCAUGGCCUUAUGGGACUCGGACCCUAGAAAACCUACAGUCCAACUACCAACCAACCAGAGAACUCUGUCUGUAUCUCCAGUGCUGUGCUAUAGCAGACCUAUCGAGACUGGCCCCUGACUGGCCCUUGACUGGCCCCUGAGACAGACUGUGUCCCCUAAUGUUAGUUUGUUUGUUUGUGUGUGUAUGGUUUCUCAUUGGACCAGGGGCCUCUGACUCUCUUGCCACGUGAUCAGGCUCAGGUGCCAGAGGUCAGACCAAUUGAGUCUUAGUGACAUUCAGAUUCUUGUAUAUUUUAAUAACGUGUGUAUGUGUGUGCUUGUGUAUGUGGGACUAGGAUAAUAAUUAUGACACUGCUACACGUACAGGUGUGUGUGCAGUUAGUGUGCUUUAGUACAGCGAGUAUGUGUGUGUUUUUGUGUGUGUGUGUGUGUGUGUGUGUGUGUGUGUGUGUGUGUGUGUGUGUGUGUGUGUGUGUGUGUGUGUGUGUGUGUGUGUGUGUGUGUGUGUGUGUGUAUAUGCCUGUAUUUCUCUGUGUAUACACUACGCGCGAGAGAACGUGCGUGUGUGUCUGUUCUUUAGACUUGUCUUAAAAACCAAAACUCAAAAAAAGUGAGCGAAUAUAGGAAGAAUGUGAGAUUUUUUUAUCGCUAUCAACACUUAUAGAUGAUAUAUAUAUAUGAAUAUCCAGUAAGUCAUUUUUAGAUGUCUUGUUUUCUAUUGUUUUUCAUUUUUAUUCCUCCACUUGUAAAACUCCACUGUUACUGCUAGAUAUUGUUUAUCCGCUGGUUUAUUUUUUAGAAACAUGACCUUAUUUCUUUCCCCUUUGAGUUGUAAAUUAAUUGAAUCCCUUUGUUUUUCUUUUCCUGGCGAACUGAGGUCUCUCCCUCUCUCUCUCAUCGCCUCCUCCCUCCCUUCCUCCCUCCCUGUCUCCCUCUGGGCCUCCCACCCCUAUGUAUAUUUUUAUAGUUCUUGUAAUAUGCUGUAGUUUUGAAGUUUAGACCUCGUUUGUGGAAGUUGUUGAGGUAGAAACCAUCUAUGAAUGUUUUUUUUUUCUUUCAAAUGUCUUUGAACAACACAAGAAAAAGCAAAAGGGGGAAAAUAAACGAGGGAAGGUUCCAAAAUAAAUGAAAUGAAAAGCUAGAAGGUGAACCGGAGUCACUGGGAGAAAAGAGAAAAGGUUGAAAGGCUGAAAACAGAACUUCUGGUAAAAGACGGAGAGAAAAAACUGAAGAAGAGUUACACACUAAGAAAGAAAAAGAACGCGAGAACAGAUGGAAGAAGAGGAGGAGGAUAGGAGUUGAAUUGAGGGAUGAGAGAAGGAUCCCUGGGAAGGACAGAGAGCGUGAAGCGAUGACUGCGGCGAAGGAUAGGAGUCUUUCCUUUAAUGGAGUGCUGAGAAGGAGUGAUGAACCCUGGGAGGAGGGAGGAGAGGAACGGACACGCAACUGAAAUGGAUUUCAGGGGGGAAACCUCACUGUGGAAUAAGGAGGAGAGAUUUCAUCUCCCACACACACACACACACACACACACUGACAGAUAGACAGACAUACUCCCCUUUUACCUCGCAACAGUUUAUAUUUGAGACACACACUCUUUAAGCUGAUUAUAAUGAUAGACACUCUCUCUGCAGACACACUGAUCCCUCUCACAUUCUCUUUCACUGUCACACACACACACACACACACACACACACACACACACACACACACACACACACAUAUACAUACAUACAUACAUACAUACAAAAGAAUACGCUGAUUUUACACACAUACUGAGGACAAAUACAUACUGAUUGCAUUCAACACCACUACAUCUCUGCCUCACACACACACACACACACACACACACACACACACACACACACACACUGACUGCUCUCAUGUGGCUCCCUAUUUUUCACACAGUCCUGGCUUUCUACCCAUGAUUAAGUCAACCUCUGUGUGUGACGGAAGGAUGAAAAGAUGUUUUGUCCUCCGUGUGUGUGUGUGUGUGUGUGUGUGUGUGUGUGUGUGUGUGUGUGUGUGUGUGUGUGUGUGUGUGUGUGUGUGUGUGUGUGUGUGUGUGUGUGUGUGUGUGUGUGUGUGUGUGUGUGUGUGUGUGUGUGUGUGCAUGUGUAUGGGUGUUUUUCCCUCAAACACAGCUCCUGUCAGUCUCACUAUAAGCCUGUCUAAUGAUACCCGUUUUCACUUCCUUUUUCUAGAACAAAACAUUUUUCAAUGCCGUGUGAUCAGUGAUGUUGUACAGGCUAGCCGCUGUAUUGUUGAGACAAGUGUUAGACCAACACAGCCGCAACAACCUUUGAAUACAUACGUACGUACUCACACAAAAUACAAGACAAUAGAUACUGUGCCAUAUUUUGAAAUAUCCCUCAUGCUCAACAGGGGUGUGUUUGUUCCAGAAGCUUCACUCAAAGUGUGUGUUAUUCAUGUGCCUGUUGGAGAAGCUUCAUUUGGAAAAUUGCUGUUAAAUGUGUUACAAUGACAACUGCUCUCUCUGUUUCAUAUCAUUUGUAUGCUGUGUUAUCUGUUCACAUUAUACUUUUUGAACUUAGAAAGUGUUAAGAGAAAUGGACAAAAUCUGGGGAAAGUUUCUCCCCGGUCUGUGUGUACUCUACCAUCAUCUUGGUCUGUGUGUACUCUACCAUCAUCUUGGUCUGUGUGUACUCUACCAUCAUCUUGGUCUGUGUGUACUCUACCAUCAUCUUGGUCUGUGUGUACUCUACCAUCAUCUUGGUCUGUGUGUACUCUACCAUCAUCUUGGUCUGUGUGUACUCUACCAUCAUCUUGGUCUGUGUGUACUCUACCAUCAUCUUGGUCUGUGUGUACUCUUCCAUCAUCUUGGUCUGUGUGUACUCUACCAUCAUCUUGGUCUGUGUGUACUCUACCAUCAUCUUGGUCUGUGUGUACUCUACCAUCAUCUUGGUCUGUGUGUACUCUUCCAUCAUCUUGGUCUGUGUGUACUCUACCAUCAUCUUGGUCUGUGUGUACUCUACCAUCAUCUUGGUCUGUGUGUACUCUACCAUCAUCUUGGUCUGUGUGUACUCUACCAUCAUCUUGGUCUGUGUGUAUGUAUCUGUCCUGUCUACAGUACAAAUAAACAACCAACAGGAAUAUACUUUCAAAAACAACCUCAAGCCAAAUGACAAACUCUAUUCUGGUGUCUGAAUAAACUACAAACUCUAUUCUGGUGUCUGAAUAAACGACAAACUCUAUUCUGGUGUCUGAAUAAACUACAAACUCUAUUCUGGUGUCUGAAUAAACUACAAACUCUAUUCUGGUGUCUAAAUAAACUACAAACUCUAUUCUGCUGUCUAAAUAAACUACAAACUCUAUUCUGCUGUCUAAAUAAACUACAAACUCUAUUCUGGUGUCUGAAUAAACUACAAACUCUAUUCUGGUGUCUGAAUAAACUACAAACUCUAUUCUGGUGUCUGAAUAAACUACAAACUCUAUUCUGGUGUCUGAAUAAACUACAAACUCUAUUCUGGUGUCUAAAUAAACUACAAACUCUAUUCUGCUGUCUAAAUAAACUACAAACUCUAUUCUGCUGUCUAAAUAAACUACAAACUCUAUUCUGGUGUCUGAAUAAACUACAAACUCUAUUCUGGUGUCUGAAUAAACUACAAACUCUAUUCUGCUGUCUAAAUAAACUACAAACUCUAUUCUGGUGUCUGAAUAAACUACAAACUCUAUUCUGGUGUCUGAAUAAACUACAAACUCUAUUCUGGUGUCUGAAUAAACUACAAACUCUAUUCUGGUGUCUGAAUAAACUACAAACUCUAUUCUGGUGUCUGAAU